AUGGCACUGCAUGCCGAGUUAGUCAGACCUGAGAUGAUGUCUCUACCGAAGACAGCUGAUAGGAAAAGUAUCGGAGUAAAGACUGAUGAUAUAAAAAUGAAAGGAAAUUUGUUGAAAUUGAAGACAAAAAAGUUCAAAUACUUUGUGUUGCGAGACGAGACAGACAGUACGAGAGCCAGGUUGGAAUACUAUCCAGACGAGAGAACCUUCCUGGCCAAUCAGACUCCACCACGAAGAUCCAUCAUCCUUAAGGACUGCCUCAACAUGAACAAGGGAGAGCCAAUUUUGAAAUCAGGAAAAUUCUCCCUGGACCACUAUGACCUAAGUAAGAUCAGCUCCUUCACCAGCGACGCGAGCCCAAGUGGGGCAACGAACCAGGGCAUCAAUGUCUUCAAAAAGUACGUCCUCUACAUAUACACCCACAAGGAUGUCUUCAAGAUCGGCUUUCCGUCAGAAGCCGAGCAAGAAGAAUGGUUUUUUAUGAUGCAACAACUUAGGAGUAGGAGCAUUAAGAAGGAAACAAUCACUAACGAAUUUGAGCAUGUGUGGCCGGUUAAAUUGGUGCCACAGAGUUACGGAUGCGGUCGAAAGAUGAAGUCUGGUUUCUACCACUUCUGUCUCAACAACAAGUUCGUCAACCUUAUCAGAAUGACAGAUAAGGAGGAGGACAGCGCAAUUUAUUCCUUUGCUUUGAGUGAGAUAAAGAAGAUCGGUGACUCGCACAAGUACUUCAUCAUGAUCAUCGGGUCGGGGUCUGCCCUGGGUGAGGGGGCCCUCUGGUUUCUCGUGGAGGACAUACAGAUUGCCAAAAAUAUGCACACCAUAGUUUACAAGGAUGCACCGAAGUUCGGCCCCGGCUCCGGCCAAAAUCCGGCUUUUUUUUCAAAUCCGGUCGAAUCCGGCCCCGGCCGGAUUUGGUGGCCGGAUUUAGGGCCCGAUUUAAGCGUCUAUCAACUUUUAAAAAUGUUAUAA